UCACCACUACAAACACGUCGUCUGAACGGUGCCUUGAACAGAAUGCCGGUAAACUUCUACGAUCGGGUAUGGACCAUUUUAUCACGAUCAAAGGAGGGGAUAGUCAUUGCGUCUCAAUUUCUUCCACAGUGGGAUUUGGGCACUAAGCACUUAAAGGGGUUUGUAUACUUCUGUCGAGCAUUUCAGCAACCUACUCUUAGCGACAUGACGGAAUUCGAGUUAACAUUCGCGUACAAAAUCGAGGAAAUGCUCAGUCGUAUUGCACAUCCAGAGUAUCGUCAGCUUCUCGUCGAGUUAUUGUCUAUAAUUGCCACGAUUCUGGAAAGAAACCCUGAAGUAAUGUUCGGAUCAGGACCCGUUGAUUGCGACUUGUUGAUAAAACAAGGAUUCCACUUAUAUGCGGAUGCACAGAAAAUAGCGAACAAGGAAGAUCUCACUCCCUUCUAUCAGCUCGAGAACCUCUCCAUGCAUACCUCAACUGCCACGUACUUAGGCAAGGUAUGA